AUGACAAGCAAUUGGCUUCAUUCACCUACAACCACAAAAAGAGUAUCUUCAUCUUCAUUAUCCACAGUAUCUUCAUCCUUAUCCACAGUAUCUUCUUCAUCAUCAAUUUCCACCACAUCAACAAAUCUAACUAAUACAAGUCCAAGCCCUCCCACUACAAAAUCGCUUCAUUGUACCUGUUCAAAUAUGGGUAGAGAAAAUAUCUUGCAUUAUUUACAAGAACACCUUCAUGAACCAGUAAAGGAGUUGGAAAUCUCUCCAAAUAACGACGAAAAUUGCAAUAAUAAUGAUAACGACAAAUUAGAGGAACAACAGCAGCAGCAGAAUCUGCAGUUCCUGGUGCCAUCGCGCCCUAAAAGAAUUACUUCCACAACAUAUUCAAACAGCCCAUUCACACUUUCCCCAGAAUCAACCAUCAAUGACUAUUUAAACAAUAACAAAUACUACAUCGACUCGAUAAAAUACAACUACGGCAAUCAGAUUUUCGACAUCAACAGUCAAGGACAAUCACCACAUACUUUGUGGAUAGGAUGCUGUGAUUCAAGAGCAGGUGAGCAAAGUUUAUCAACGCUACCGGGAGAAAUCUUUGUCCACCGUAAUAUUGCCAAUAUCAUCAAUCCAAACGAUAUAAAUUCGCAAGGCGUCAUUCAGUUUGCAAUUGAUGUUUUACAAGUACGUAAAGUAAUUGUAUGUGGUCAUACGGAUUGCGGUGGUAUUUGGGCGUCUUUGUCCUCAAAAAAGAUUGGCGGUGUCUUGGAUUUGUGGUUGAACCCAAUUAGACAUAUUAGAGCCCAUAAUCUCAAGUUGUUGAACGAGUAUAAUUCCGAUCCAAAAGGUAGAGCAAAGAAAUUGGCCGAAUUGAAUGUAGCUAGCUCAGUUCUUGCUUUGAAAAGACACCCUUCAGCUUCAUUGGCUUUGAAACAGGGGAAAAUCGAAGUAUGGGGAAUGAUGUAUGAUGUCUCCACUGGUUAUUUAUCUGAAGUCGAAGUGCCUAAAGACGAUUUUGAGGACUUGUUCCAUGUGCAUGAUAAUGAUCAUGAUGACGAUGAUUACAACCCUCAUUAG